AUGCCAUCUGUAACCCUCAAUAUCAUAUUAGCAUAUAUUUUUUCACUCCUAGGAACCCUCAUAUUCCGCUCACACCUUAUAUCAACACUACUAUGCCUAGAAGGUAUAAUACUAUCACUAUUCAUUAUAACUACAAUUACUUCCCUCAACUCCCAUUCAAUAAUAAUAUAUCCAAUCCCUAUCGUCAUCCUAGUAUUCGCCGCAUGUGAAGCAGCUAUCGGCCUAGCCCUCCUAGCAAAAGUAUCAAACUCCUAUGGAACAGACUACGUCCAAAAUCUCAACCUACUACAAUGUUAA